UUAUUCCACCCCUACCUCCAGUCCUCUCCUCUCAUACGUGCUGCUGGUAACAAAGGAGACAACAGGGGGACGAUGGGUGCUCACACAACGCUGUCAGAGGAACAAAAAGGAACCAAACCGGUUUGCUUUUACAUUCUGGAUCAUUUUUCUUAACAGUAUAUUUAACGACGAAUGUUUUUAAAGUAGUGUACACUAGCGUAGCUGCGCCCCGGACCGAUUUGAACCUAAAGCGUGUUUUCUGGCCACAGCUGACCAUGUUGGAUUGCCAACACUAGAGCCGAUCCACAGGAGAAGGAUUCAGAAACAUGUCUGCUUAACAUUGGUGACAUGCUCUCUUUGACCUGACUUGUCAGUAUCUGGGUGUAAACACCAGCUACCAUGUCUGUCCAGGAAGCAUCCCAACGGCCCCUGUCGCCUAAACCCCUCAAACCUGAGCCCAAACUGAGACUAGAGAUCCCUCCGAAACCGACACCUCAAACCAGCUCCCCUCCUCAGGGAGACAGUGGCAUCAGCACGAGGCUUUCUGAAGGAAAGAUCAAGAGGAUUGUGAGCAAGUUUAGCAUAAAUGAUUUGAAUGAACCGGGGGAACAACAGCCCACCAAUGGAAACGCAGACUUCAGGCCAAUUAAACGGCCCAAAAGGCCGCCUACAGUACGGCCCAAACCAAGCCGUGCCAAUCUGCAGCUUCAGGUUAGCGGAGAGAAGGCGCCUCCGCUGCCUGUUAAGAGGAGCCGCACCCUUCAGAAGCAGAAGGGUGGGAGUUUAGAGGAUGGGGACCCCAUCAGUGUGGAAGGAGGUCGAUCAGCACCUGAUGGUAAAGAGGUGGAGAUCCAGUGUAUUGGAGGAGGUGAAGCGGAGGCGGAGCACAGUCCUCACACCCCUCUCAGUCUAUGUUGCGACUCGAGCUGCAGCUGUGUGUGCCACCUCCAAUUGCCUGGCAUGAAACUGAUAUGGGUGCCCGUGGAGAGGCAUGACAGUGGGGAGGAGCACAGUGUUGGAGACGACGAUGACACUGAUGUGGAAGAGCAGAGAUGGGAGGAUGAGGAGGUUGAGAAUGGAGGGGAGAGGGACAGCGAGGCCGAGGAUGAGGUGGACAGGACGUCUGUGGUUAACGAGAGUGAAGGGUUGAAACAAGGAAAGUCAAAGUUCCACCAAUGUUUGGAGGUUUUGCUCGGUGAUGGUAGCAGGAGGCUUUCAGACCCAGGCCCUCGCUCUGUUUUCGCCUCUCUCGCUGUCACUCGCUCUCAGUCUCCCCCUGUCCCCCCAAAACGGGCUCAAUCAUCACAAACCCACCACUUAUCCACCCAAAGCGAAGAAGAAAAUAUUUACGAGGACACCCUUCCAGUGGUCGACCCCACUCCUAAAAAACCCAAUGCGUGUAAGGAACUAGAUAUUCCACUAAUUCGAGUGCGCAAACCAGCUCGCCGGUCUAAACUGUUCUACAGCACCUCAGAUCAGACGUCUGAGUCCCUGACAAACACAGAACCCAUCUUGAACCCAGACAGUGGUCCGCCUGCCAUCCCGCCGAGGAUUCCUGUGGUUCAGGACAGCCGCAGUCUCUCGCCGGUGCCACGGGGCGGCGUUUCACUCCCGCAGCCAACACUGGAGGAGUGGCGCAGCUUGCGGCCCUCAUGCCCCAGCGGCUCCACUGCUGGCGGGCUGAGCACCCAGAGGGACGUCACUCCGACCCCACUCAGCCCUCACAGACCUCCACCUCCACCACCAAAGGCGGAUCCAAGGAGGCUUAGUAGUUCCUCGCUGCAAUCCCUCACACAGAAAAAAGAAGGAGAGGAGAAGGAUGGGAAUGAAGAGAAAGAUAAAACAUUCAAAGAAUUGACUCUAGUCAGGAGCGGCUCCCUCAGGAGGGAGUCUUCGUUCAGCUGGGAGUCCCGGCUGCAGGAUGAGCCUUUGUACCAGACGUACCGUGCCACUGUCAUCACCAAGGAGAUCCGACGCCAGACAGUUUGUCGGAACAUCAGUAAAACUAGUGUGGACUACGCUAUGGACUGGAAAACCCGUCGCUCUGGGGCUGGGACUGGGAUUGAAAACGGAGCACCCAUAGGUUGCUCUGCACCUACACCGGGCCAGAGCACCCUCUGGCAGGACCUUCCAGUUGUCCGGGAGGCAGGGGUGCUGGAGCAGCUCACCCCUGAGCAGUGCAAGUACCAGGAGAGUAUGUUUGAGGUUUUGACAUCUGAGACUUCUUACCUUCGAUCCCUGCGUAUUUUAACCGAACACUUCAUGGACAGCCGGGAGCUGGAGGAAACAAUGAUCAUCAGAGAGAAGAAAACCCUCUUCUCCAACAUCCUGAGGGUCCGAGAGGUCAGCGAGAGGUUCUUGAAGGACCUGGAGGAUCGCAUAUUCAAGGACCUGGUCUUUCCUGACAUCUGUGACAUUAUCCACUACCACUCCCAGCACAACUUCCCAGCCUACAUCGACUACAUCCGCAACCAGAUCUAUCAGGAGAAGACCUACACAUUUCUCUUGAAGAACAACGUGCAGUUUGCUACAGUCAUCGCUCGUCUCCAAGAGUCGCCUCAAUGCCAGCGGCUGCCCUUCACGUCCUUCUUGCUGCUGCCCUUCCAGCGAAUAACCCGCAUCAAAAUGCUCAUUGAAAACAUCCUGAAGAGAACAAAGGAGAGGACGAAAGAGGAGCAGACGGCCUCCAAGGCUUUGGCUUCUGUAUCGAAGAUCAUUGACGAGUGUAACACACAGGUGGAAAAGAUGAGUCGGAUGGAAGAGUUGAUCCUUGUCUCUCAAACACUGGAGUUUGACAAGCUCAAGGCCAUCCCAAUCAUCUCUCAGACACGAUACUUGGAGAAGAAGGGAGAGCUGCAGGAAAUGUCCAAAGGAGGAACCAUUUUCAACAUGAGGGCAAAGUUCACCCCCGUCUACCUAUUCCUCUUCAAUGAUCUGCUGAUCAUCGCUGUCAAGAAAGGUGCAGAGCGUUUUGUGGUACUCGACCACGCCCAUCGCUCUCUGGUGCAGGUGCAGCCAAUGGAUGAAGGUGGGGGCAGCAGCGGACCCUGCGAGCACUGCUUCAACCUCACCAUGCUGGAGAACCACCAGGGACGCAUGAUGGAGAGGCUAUUUAAAGCUCCUUCCCAGUCAGAUAUGCACAGGUGGAUGGCGGCUUUUCCUAACCCCACCAACCCAGAAAGAAACGAAGAUGAAGUGAUUUAUGAAGACUGGGAUUGUCCUCAGGUGCAGUGUGUGGAGCAGUACAUUGCCCAGCAGGCAGACGAGCUCACCCUGGAGCCCACUGAGAUCAUCAACGUCAUCCGCAAAACCAAUGAGGGCUGUUAUGAAGGCAUCCGCCUGUCUGACGGUCAGAAGGGCUGGUUCCCCGUAGGAAACGUCAUAGAGAUCACCAACGAGCAUGUGAGGCGGCGAAACAUCAGAGAGCGCUAUAGAGUCAUUCAGGCUGCAAGCAUGGUCACCACCAACAAGGCCAAUACCCUUCAUUAG